AUGAACGCCGCCGACCAUGCCCAUUUGGCUGCCAUGGGACUGGCCAUCCCCAGCUCUGAGGCGUCCGCCCUCCCUCUCCCUCUCACUCGCCGACAGGCGAUCCGCGGCCGAGCUACGGCUCUCAGGGUCCAUACCCUGCGGCGUUCUGUGACCCCGACCAGAUACCUACUUCGGCAUAACGGGAUGAGAAUUGCGGGAAGACGCAGGUUCGGGGAGGCCAGGCGUCAGCACAAGUUGAUGCAGAAAUGGCAGAACGACGAGGCAGAGGCAUACCGGCGAAGGGUCGCGGCAUUGGUUGAUGGCCCCAACCCUGUUUGGACCUUUCGGGGUCAUUUACAGUGGUUGCCCGGCUUCCUGGCAAAUGGGGAGGUCCCAUUGCAGGAGCGCAAGAGGGUGGCUAACCAUGCGGAAGACGCGGCCCAUUUUGCUAUCGAGCAAGCAGAGAAGCAUCAUCGCCUUCUCAAGAAGUGGGUAUGGGGUUACAAUACCCUUGCGUCCCGAAGGCAGCAUGAGGGAUACGCUCGGUUGGCACACCGUGCCGCUGUCCAUUAG